ACACACACACAGUAAUUUAAUUUCACAGUAUCAAAUUCAUGGCGGUAUCCUUUCUUCGUUCCCCACGGUGGGUUACACUUACACCCCACCGCCGCUUCAAAUACCUCACCGACUUCAAACCUUUCAAACUAUCUGUCCUCGGCUUCUCCACCUCCUCAUCUUCCGCCGCCGCCGCCGCCGUGGAAGUAAGCCCUUCGGAGAAUGCAGAUAAAUGGGAGCCUUUUCGGAAGAAGAAAGUCGUAAUGCGCGUCGGCUAUGUUGGUUCGGAUUACAAAGGUUUGCAAAUUCAGAGAGACCAGCCUGAAUUCUCCACGAUUGAAGGUGAAUUAGAAAAUGCUAUUUAUAAAGCUGGCGGAAUCAGAGAUAGCAACUUCGGAGAUUUGAAUAAAAUUGGGUGGGCUAGAAGUAGCCGGACGGAUAAAGGGGUUCAUUCGCUAGCAACAAUGAUAACUUUAAAAUUGGAGAUUCCGGAAUCUGCGUGGAACAAUGAUCCGAAUGGAUUUGCUCUUGCUACUUAUGUUAAUUCUUACCUUCCUCGAAACAUCAGAGUUUUCAGCAUCUUACCUUCUCAAAGGAGUUUCGAUGCUCGAAGGGAAUGUAGCAUCCGUAAAUAUUCAUAUCUUCUUCCCGCUGAAAUUAUAGGAGUGAAGGAAAAUUCCACAGCCAGCGAAGUCGAUCAUCAUUUAUCAGAUUUUAAUGAUAUACUAAACACUUUUCAGGGAGAACACCCGUUUCAUAAUUAUACAGUGCGAUCCAAGUACAGAAAACAGUUUCCGAAAAAAGGCUCUUCUGCAUCAAAAAUGGGAAAGUCGUUAGAUGUGCAAAGUGAGUUUGUGUCAGAGGGAAGUGACGAUGAAGAAGAAGAAGAAGAUACUAAUGUCGUCACUGAAUCUUUAGCGACAGAAGCCGAGGAAACUAAGUAUGAUUCUCUUUUGCCUAAAGACGAAGAAGACCAACCGAAGAAGCAAAAUCUCGUGUCACCUGUACUUGCUCGGUGGUUGCACGAACCUGAUGAAAAGGACAGAAUCAGCGCCUCGCAUUUCAGAAAGAUUUUUCAGUGUAGCUGCGGAAAGUUGGAGCAGUUGUCCGGUAUGAAUUUCGUCGAAAUAUCCAUUUGCGGAGAGUCGUUCAUGUUGCAUCAGAUACGCAAAAUGGUAGGAACGGCUAUUGCCGUAAAGCGCGAUUUACUCCCGAGAGAUAUACUAAAGUUAUCUCUGUCCAAAUUCUCGCGGAUAGUGGUACCUCUUGCUCCGUCAGAGGUACUCAUUUUGAGGGGCAACAAUUUUGUGAUAAGGAACAGGCCCGGCAAUAUAAAAAGGCCGGAAAUGUUGACUUUGGUUGAGUCGAAAGAAAUUCUCAAAUUGGUCGAUGAUUUCUAUUAUUCGGUUAUGUUGCCUCAGUUGUCGGUUUUUCUCGACCCUGUGAAGUCGCCCUGGAAUGAAUGGGUUGACUUACUUGACGCAAAUACUUGUAUACCCGAGUCACAAUUAGAGGAAGUUAGAAGUGCUUGGAAGUUGUGGAGAGAGGAGUUUUACGGUCCGAGAAAGACGGAGGCGUAAUUUUUAUCGAAAAGGUAUGUCGAAAUAGUUAUAUGAAAUACAUGCUUACGAUAGUUUUUAACCAAGUCUAUUAUAUGAAUGGAAAUGCAUUAGAAACGCGUUCUUCUUAUUUAUUUUUGAAAACUAUACGUCUUAAUGUUCGAUUUUAGUCAUUUCGAAUCGUGAUUUUCGUUAGAUAUGAUAUAAACCAGCCCAGUUGGUAUUUAUUGGUUUGUCAAGAACUCUGAAUAUUAUGGAUUCAAUGUAAUUUUUAGUUUUACGAUGUUUCACUCAUAAUGUAGGCCUUGGAUGGUGUCUUUCCUCGACAUUUUUUUCUUUUCCCGAAAUAAAUUUGUGUUUGGACACUGUCG